UCGAGGAAAGAAUUAGGGUUUUAAGAGCCGCGUGAGGCUUUUGCCAGGGUUUUAGAAAGAGCUCGGAGCCUCGGAGCGUCGGAGCGUCGCUGUGCGAGCCAACGAUACAGGAGCGAUGGUAUUCUGGGGAGUUGAAAUAAAACCAGGCGGAUCGUUUGGGUAUCAGUCGGAUGAAUUCGAAGGAAAGCUUCACAUUACUCAGGCGACUUUAGGCCUCGGUGAAUCGAAGGAGAGGUGUAUAGUUCAGUGUUCCAUUGGAAGUUACAUUUCAGCCUUUGUGUGUUCUUUGUUACCAAAUAAGAAUGAAUCGGUCCCCUUGGAUCUUGAAUUUGAGCCGGUUGAUGGUUUGGUGACCUUCUCGGUGAUUGGAACCCGAAGCAUCCACCUCUCUGGUUACCAAGUGGAUGAGAGCGAAGAUGAAGGAGAUGACUAUAGAUCGGAUUCUGUUCGGGAGAAUAAUGCCGAGACUGAGUCAGAGUCAGAGUCUUCAGAAUACGAUAAUGAUGAUGAUAAUGUUGAGUUUAUUGAUGACGAAGAUUUUGACAUGUACCCGCCCUCGCCUGUUCCCAAUAGUGGAGUUGUAAUUGAGGAGAUAGAGGACGAUGACAAACCUACUAAUGGAAACAGUCAGUCCAAACGACAAGUGAAAAAGAAUCAAUCGAAUGACUCUGAAAAGAACACAAAUUCUCAACAUCAAAUUGUUGUCAAGAAAAAUGCCAGUGUCACUGUUUUGGAGAGUGAAGAUGAAGAUGGGUUUCCAAUAUCCACUAAACAGAAAACCAAUAUUGAGAAGCCUGAAGCAGCAACCGAACAGAAAGAUAACAAAAUUACUGAGAAAACCAAGAAGAAGAAAGUGAAAGAUAGUGAGGCUGCUGGGUCAAAAAGGAAAGUCGAAGAUGUUCACCAAGAUGGUCAGCCAGAAGGGGAAAAGAAAAAUAAGAAGAAGAAGAAAUUGAAAGAGCAAGCUAAGGAGGUAAAUGCUGAUGACAAUGAAAAGCAACCUGAGGUUUUGAAGAGCCAAGAGCAUGAGCAAAAGCUAUCUAAUAAGGAGAGCUCUGACGUCGGAAAGAAUUAUAUUCCUGGUGAAAAUCUCACCGAGGGGAAAAAGAAGAAGAAAAAGAACAAGAAAACCCAGGAGAGUGAAAUAAAACUGCACAUGGAUGAAACUGUUGGUAACAUGGAAGAUCAGAACGAACCUGCUUUGGAGCAAACCAGUGGCAAGCGAUCUAAAGGGAAAACCUUUCCAAAUGGAUUGGUCGUCGAGGAGCUAGCUAUGGGAAAACCUGAUGGCAAAAAAGCUUCUUCAGGAAAAAAGGUCAGUGUUCGAUACAUUGGCAAGCUAAAGAAUGGCAACAUAUUUGACUCCAAUGUGGGAGGGCCACCUUUCAAGUUUCGCUUAGGUCUAGGACAAGUUAUAGGAGGAUGGGAUGUUGGGGUUAACGGUAUGCGUGUCGGGGACAAAAGAAGACUCACUAUUCCACCAGAAAUGGGUUAUGGAAAUAAACGUGCCGGUAAAAUACCACCAAACUCAUGGCUUUUGUUUGAUGUUGAGCUGCUCGAUGUGAAUUGAUUCAGCUGUGGAUUUGCUCCGUCCGCUUCCGACUUUUGAGUUCUUGUUCUGCUCGGAAAAUAAACCGUGGGGAUGCUCCGUCCGCUUCCAAUUUUGACUAAAGGAUGAUGUUGCUUCUUUUUUCCUUCAUUUCUUCGUAAGGACCUAGUUUUUGAUCAAAACUUCAAAUGAAUACUUUUAGUGACGAAUUUUCCCAAUUUAUUUGUACAUUUUUGCACUUCA